GGGAAGGCCAUCCAAGUGUGUGCUUCUUGAGGGCAGCGGCUAGAACUAAGCGCUUCUUGAAUGCGGAAGCUCCUCUUGCCGCCGUAGCCAGGUGCUCGGCAGGCCUUGCUAGCUAGAUGAACGCAAGCUGCGCUUCCUGCACACGCUCCGGGCGGCCCGGGGUAUGGGAGGGGGCAUAUCCCCGGUCUCGGCCCGCACCCCGAAGCCGCUCCACGGCCGCGGGUGUGAGGGGCGGGCCCAGGCCUCGGCCCGCGCCGCCCCAUGUGACCCGGUCCGACAUGGUGUCGCCUCCUCCUGGGGCGGCGGCGGCGGCGGUGGCGGCGGCUCGGGCUUGGCUCUGCGUCGGGCCGGCUCCGCGGCCGCUCAUGGGCAGCCAGGGCGGCUUAGGGCCCCCCGGGAACGGCGGGCCUGGCGAGGGCGAGAGCGGGGAGACGAGGAAACUGCAGGAAGGGAGAGCCGCGAGGGGAAAGCGGAGGAAAGGGAAGGGGAAGGGGAAAGCAGAAGCAGGGCAAGGCGGAAGAGGAAGCGGGGCGGAAGGGAAGCCGCAGCCGCCACAGGCGAAGGAGGCAGCGGGGCUGGGGGCCGAGGCGGGAGAGAGGGCAGGCCUGGGAAAGGUAGGAGAGGGAGGCGGAAGCGUAGAGGAAGGGACGAAAAGGAUCGUCAGGGGAGAUGAGGGGAGCGCAGGGGCGCGGAAGGAGGCCAAAGGAAGAUAUGAUGGGAAGAAGGAGGAGUGGAGGGUCAGAACUGGACAGCGGGAGGAGGCCAGGCCGGCGAGAGCACAGGGACGAGGGUGUCAGGCUUGGGGCCGCCUCGCUGGGACAGGGGCGGCCAUGGCGGCGGCGGCUGAGGAAGAGGCGGGAGCCCGGAAGCCUGCCGGCCGCCCCGCCGCGGGGCCCGCGCUCCUGCGCCUGCCGGAGGAGCUGCUGCUGCUCAUCUGUUCCUACCUGGACAUGCAGGCCCUCGGCCGCCUGGCUCAGGUGUGCCGCUGGCUGCGGCGCUUCACCAACUGCGACCUGCUCUGGCGCCGGAUAGCCCGGGCCUCGCUCAACUCCGGCUUCACGCGUCUCGGCACCGACCUGAUGGCCAGUGUACCAGUGAAGGAACGGGUGAAGGUAUCUCAGAACUGGAGGUUGGGGCGCUGCCGAGAGGGGAUUCUGCUGAAGUGGAAAUGCAGUCAGAUGCCCUGGAUGCAGCUAGAGGGUGAUUCUCUGUACAUAUCCCAGGCUAAUUUCAUCCUGGCCUAUCAGUUCCGCCCAGAUGGUGCCAGCUUGAACCGGAGGCCCCUGGGAGUCUUUGCUGGGCAUGAUGAGGACGUUUGCCACUUCGUGCUGGCCAACUCGCAUAUUAUCAGUGCAGGAGGAGAUGGGAAGAUUGGCAUUCAUAAGAUUCAUAGCACCUUCACUGUCAAGUACUCAGCCCAUGAACAGGAGGUGAACUGUGUGGAUUGCAAAGGGGGCAUCAUUGUGAGUGGCUCCAGAGACAGGACGGCCAAGGUAUGGCCUUUGGCCUCAGGCCGGCUGGGGCAGUGCUUACACACCAUCCAGACUGAAGACCGAGUCUGGUCCAUUGCUAUCAGCCCAUUGCACAGGCAGAGGCAUCCUCCCCGUGAAAAGGCUGCCCAACCUGGAGCCCAGGCGGGAGCUUUGGCGGCCACGAUGGCAUUAUUUCCCACCCUGCGCUUAGUCACUUGGAGCUAACAUGGGAGACCAACAGGCCGCGUCUCCCGAGAGCCCGAUCUUUGUAUCCGAUGUGUGCUCCCCCUCUGCCUUGUCAGUUUUGUGUGUUCACGGAGUGUUGAUUUUAAUGCGGGCCUGUGUUGGGCUGGGAGGCCAGGCUGGGGGGCCUCAGGUCUUUGUCUUGCAGGGCCUCUUCUUCUUGGAGGGUCUGCGGCCCUGGAGGCUAGUGGCAGAUUUGAGAGAUAGGGUGAGAUGCCAACUCUGGCUGGCAGAGGAUUCCCCCAUCCGUGCGUCUGUCAGAGACUACGACGGGGUGCCUGGAAAACAAGAGCACCUUGGGAUGCUCAGGCACACGCUUGCUUGCCCCCCUCCCCACCCCCGAGGGGGGCGGUUAGUUCUACCACGUAAAGCUUGAAGUGAGUUACAUCCCCCUUGUGACUGAGUACGGCAGGAGCACAGAUUGUGAGUCUCAGGGAGCCAGGGCAGGGCCUUGUCUCCAGGGGUCGGAGGAGGUGGAGGCAAGCAGGAGGGGUGCUGGGAGAGCAUAAGUCUGCUGCAGAUGACUACCCAGCAAUUGGUAAGGGUCAGGGGAGAACAGGACCAGGCAGAAAAGAGGCGAAGUGUCUGGGGGAGCAUUGGCAAAUCGCAAAUGCUCAUCUCCGGCAGUUAAGGGGAGAGGCCCUAGAAACCAGGGACAGAAGGGGAGGCAUUUUCCCCAGUGAGAAGAACUGGGGCCUCGUAACAGGUAGACCCACUAGGGGUGGUCUAACAGGAUGUCUUCGGUCUUUACCAUUCGCCUCGCUGCAGUAUAGCCAUGUGCCGGGAGCCGGGGGAGAGGGUGUCUUUACCCAUUCUGGGCCCCUAGCCUGGCUGGAGAGAAGAUGCAUAUGCAUGAUUUGAAGAGAGGAAGACUCUGGGAGCAUCAACCUGGUUGUGGCCUGCUCUACUUCUGGGGAGAGAGAAACCUAGGGAUACCUUUGAGUCAGGGAGGACCUGCCCACCCCACACCUAUAGCCAGGCCAUGGUCCUGGCAUCUGGUGUGGUGCUGGGGGUGGGGCCUUCAUCCUAGGAGUCAGGUUUUUAGCAAGGGACUGUGUCCUCACUUUCCAUACAAUCAGAAGGCAGAGAUGCAGGCUGGCCACUGAGAUGAGGUGGCCUGGGAGAGACAUCCCGCCAGGGUUCCCCGAGCACAGGGGCUCCUCUGUGCUGCUGUUGGCACCCUUCAGACUGUCUCAGGAAUGGGUGCCAGUCACACACCAGGCCUGAUGAGGGGAAAGAAGCUGGAGCUCCAAGACCUUUGAGGGACCUGAGUUCCAAAGGGGCCCACCAGGAAGGAGCAGCUCCUGUUUUGGGUCCCUCCGUGGCAAAGGACAUUUCUUUCAUUGAGAAAUGGGCACUCACAGCAAUACCCACCCCCUCUUUUUUUCUUUUACUCUUCUUUUCCCUUAACUUUUCCAAAUGUUGUUUCUCCUUUCCGUUCUCUUCCAUUUUGUGGACAACUCAUAAAGAGCCUGAAAGAGACAGAUUAUGUGUAUGGAUGUGAUGAUGAAGGGAAGGGGUAUCAGGGAUAGUCAGGCUGGGGCUCCAAGGUUAUAGAAAACACUGUCUCUUCCCCCAGGUUGUCUUGCCAGGGCCUGGCUGGAAGGCACCAACAGAUCAUAACCUUUAAGUGCAAACUCGACGGAGGAGAGAGAUGGAAUCAUGGGAACAAAUUAGACAUAUCUAUAGGGGGUGUUCAGCUGGAGAAAAUGAGCAUUUCUUACUAAUUGGAGCACGGGGCAUUUCAUUAUUAAGCUUCAUCGCAAGGGGGAAGAGUGCAGCAGGCCUCUUUGGGGAUUCCCUGGGCUGUUUUUUUCCCUUUUAGAAGUAUAAUUGUAUUUAGGUUGGAAGAAGAGGCAGGAAUUGCUCUUGAUAACUUUGUGGAGCGCCCAGGGAUUUCAGGCAGAGUUUGGAGCAAGGUGGCUGGAGCGAUGGACCAGUGGAGAUUGCUUAGAGUCCACCCUCAUUCCUUGACGGUAAAAGGCGAAAAAGCCCUGGUGGUGGUGGGCACCUCGAUUCUGGAACUAAGAUUGAAGAAUUUGAUUUUAAAUUUAUUUUAUUUAUUUAUUUUUGGCUGUGUUGGGUCUUUGUUGCUGCUCGCAUGCUUUCUCUAGUUGCAACAAGC